GGAAAAACACAACAAAGAGAAGGAAAAUGAGAAUCCAAGUGACUCCAAGACUGUGACUAAUUCAAAUAGUUUGUGGAUGCAUAAGGCCAAGAGCCCAAAGCUGUCAGUCAGCAAUGUAUGGACGAUCCAGCAAUAUGAUAAUACAGAGACUGAUCAUGUCAUACAAGGUCAUUCUGAGGUAGGAGAAACACUUGUGAUGACACUCAGUAAUGAUGAUAUGAAUACAUGGACCCAGCUAAAGGCAAAAACAGAUGAAGAGGAUGCAGAGAGAGAGAAACAGAGGCAGAUGGAGGAAAAGAGGAUGAGAGAUGUGGACAACGGAGGAAAGAAAAAAGAGAGAAAAAAGGGGGAGAUGGUAGCACAGAAAGAAAACAAGACACUCAGGAUGAGCAGAGACUUAGAAAUAGUCCAAAUGAUAGAGGAUGAAAGAAAGAAAAAAGAGAUGGAGGAAGCAGCACAGAAGGAGCAAAAAGAGCACGAGAGGAGAAAGAAAGAGAUUGAGGAGAAGAAAGAAGUGAGAGAAAGGAAGGAGAUGAGAAAGACUGUAGAGGUGAUGAACAGGAGGGGGGAGGCUCUGUCAGGAGACAGCAAUGAAAGCGACGGGGCGACUGACUCCGAUGACUUGUGGGAGGAUGAGUUGGAGAGACAGGAAACAGAGAGAAAGAGAGAGGAGAUUGAGAAAUUGAGAGUGGAGACAGAGCAAAAAAGAGAGGAGCAGCAAAGAAGGAUGGAGGAGAUGGAGCGAAAAAGAAAACAUGAAGACCAGAGGCAAAAAGGAAAGGAGAGACAAGAGGGAAGUGAGCAUUCAGGAAAAGAAGAGAAGGAGAAGAUGGAGAAGGAGGAGGAUGAGAAAGUGAAAGAGCCACAGACAAGAGACGAAAGGAACACAGAUAUGAUGCAAGAAAUAGAGGAGGAGACCUCCCAGCUGUGGAAGUCCAUGGGACUAUCCUUUGAAGACACUGAGGAUGGAUCAGAAGAAGACUGGAAUGAAAGUGAGGAAGCCAGUGUAGACCUAGACUUGCUCUUCCUGAAGGACAAUGGAAAUACCGAAAUAGAUAGAGGAAAAGAAAGGAGAUUGGAAGAGGAGAACAAAUCAAGACAGCUAAAAGUGGAGACACAGCGAGAAAUGAAAACUGUGAGACUGAAAGAAGAGGAGAGCAAGAGGAAAGCCAUGAUGGAAAAACUGAAAGAGGACGAAAGGAUGAAGAGAGGGAUGGAAGCAGAAAUGGAGAGAAAGGAACAGGAGGAGAGGCUAAGAGAAAAGGAAAGGGCCAAACUAAGAGAAGAGGAGAGAAAGAAAAAAGAGAUGCAAGAGAAGACAAGGAGAGAGCUGGAGCAGAUAACACAAAGAGAGAGGGAGGAGAAGGGGAAGAAAGCCAAAGUGGCCAAGAAAUUAAUUCAGGCACGUGACAGCGAUGACAUUGACGUAGAGAGCUUGAGUGAUGAAGAUAUGUGGAAGGAUAAGGAGCUCCCAAUGGACCAAAAGAAAAGGCAGACAAAAGACGAAAAGGAACAUGCAUGGCUACAGGAAAAACACAACAAAGAGAAGGAGGAUGAGAAUCCAAGUGACUCCAAGACUGUGACUAAUUCAAAUAGUUUGUGGAUGCAUGAGGCCAAGAGCCCAAAGCUGUCAGUCAGCAAUGUAUGGAAGAUCCAGCAAUUUGAUAAUACAGAGACUGAUCAUGUCAAACAAGAUCAUUCUGAGGUAGGACACACACUUCUGAUGACACUCAGUAAUGAUGAUAUGAAUACAUGGACCCAGCUAAAGGCAAAAACAGAUGAAGAGGAUGCAGAGAGAGAGAAACAGAGGCAGAUGGACGAAAAGAGGAUGAGAGAUGUGGACAACGGAGGAAAGAAAAAAGAGAGAAAAAAGGGGGAGAUGGUAGCACAGAAAGAAAACAAGACACUCAGGAUGAGCGGAGACUUAGAAAUAGUCCAAAAGAUAGAGGAUGAAAGAAAGAAAAAAGAGAUGGAGAAAGCAGCACAGAAGGAGCAAAAAGAGGACGAGAGGAAAAAGAAAGAGAUUGAGGAGAAGAAAGAAGUGAGAGAAAGGGAGGAGAUGAGAAAGACUAAAGAGGUGAUGAACAGGAGGGGGGAGGCUCUGUCAGGAGACAGCGAUGACAGCGACUGGGCGACUGACUCCGAUGACUUGUGGAUGGAUGAGUUGGAGAGACGGGAAACAGAGAGAAAGAGAGAGGAGAUUGAGAAAGUGAGAGUUGAGACAGAGCAAAAAAGAGAAGAACAGGAGAAAAGGAUGGAGGAGAUGAUGAUAGCAGAGAUGGUGAGAAAGAAAGAGGAGAUGGAGAAAGCAACACUGAGGAUGGAUCAGAAGAAGACUGGAAGGAAACUGAGGAGGCCAGUGUAG